UUUCGAAAUAAAAUUAUUAAUAUAAAAGUACAUAAUAUUAUACAAUAUUAAAGUGUUUAAAAAAAAUAUUCUAUUUGUUCUAUAACUUUUACAAUCGUAAGAUGUCCAAUAACGAGGAGAAAACUAAUAUGACACAAGAAGAAGUUUUACAUCAAUUCGUUAAUCGAAUUUUUAGCAAUGAUCAAUUUCGAGAAAAAAUUAUGAUGCCUAAUGUAAUGGGGCGGCCAGUAGUAAAAUCGGUUGAAGAAAAAACUUUAGAUGCAAUUACUGAAAGUUGUGCAUUUAAGAGCAUUCUAAGUGGUGUAAUGGGUUUUGCUCUUGGUGGAGCCAUCGGUCUUUUUACUUCUAGUGUAAAUCCACAAAUAAAACCACCUGGUCAACAAGAAACAGUCAAAGAAAUUAUACGUGAAAUGAAAACUUCUUCUCUUGGUUAUGCAAAAAACUUUGCUUUACUUGGAGCUGUCUUCUCAGGCAUUGAAUGUAUUGUAGAAACGUAUAGAGGUCAAUCUGAUUGGAAGAAUGGUACAUAUGCAGGUGGAAUAACUGGUGGAUUAAUAGGAUUUAGAGCCGGAGCCAAAGCAGGUUUACUUGGUGCAUUGGGUUUUGCUACAUUUUCUACUGCAAUUGAUUAUUACAUGCGUAAUUCUUCAUAAAUAUUGUUAAAUAAUUUUUUUUUUAAAUUAAUUUUAUUGCUGUAAAUAAAAUGUAAGUAGAC